UGGUAUAAUUUUAACCUAGAAUUGAUUGAUUAUGCUUGCAUAUUUACACUAUUUUUUUUUCAUAUAUUAUAUGAUUCGAUUUAAUUUCAUUGUUUGUUUUAAAUUAUUUCAAUAUGAAUUAGGGUUGGUAUAAUAAUUAUCAGAUUCCGCAAUUUGAAUUUGUCAGGCAUUUAUUUUAUUUGUAUACGAUUAUUCAAAUUUACGUUAUUCCAACCUGAAUUAGGGCUGGUAUAGUCAUGGGAGUCACUAUUGAUACAUUGGAGGGCACGAACAUAUGAUAUAGUUUUGAUUUCUUAAUUCUUAUUACUUGUAUGAAUUUGAAUUGGUAAUGAUUAUAGAAGAGAGAGAGAUGAAGAAGAAAUUAUAUAGUAUGGGGAGUUGAAUUGAUGUUCUAGUUGACUUUCUGAGUUGCCAGACUAAUUAUUUAAGGAUUUAUUCAAUCUGUAAUCAGAGAUUUUUGGUUUUAUUAUUUUAUAUUUACAUGUGUAUGAAUAAAUAAAACUUUGCUGUUCGAAGACGGCGGUUUGAUUGAGUAACUUGGUCUGGAUUGUUAAUUGAAGGUGUGGAAACAGCUUUAUCUAGCUAGCUAAUUCAUGACAUGCAAGGAUGUUUUGAGGUUUUUAUUUGUUUAAUGAUAGGAGUAAGACACUAAGACUUGUUCAGAUAUGACAUAGUGAGCACGUUUUGGUUACUGGGAGACGGAUUAUGUCUAAGGGAAUAGUUGAAUAAUUUAUACAAUGACUGUCUGGGAAUUGGACAAUAGGGGGGAAGCCUGCAUAAUGAUGCUUGUGUUUGAAAAAUUUGUAAGAGAAUCAAAUUGAUUCAUUGUUCUCUAUUCAAGAGGAAAGUAAAGGAGUUCCAUCCUCUCCUCUUUUUUCUUCCUGUUUGACAUUGCUGGUACUGAAUAGUUUUGGUUAGAUUUAAGAAAUGUCGUCGCCAACACCUGCAGUUAUUGAAACCCCACUAACACCUCCGCCACCUGAAACUCCACCUCCUCCACCUGAAACUCCACCUCCGCCACCUGAUACUCUGCCUCCGCCACCUGAAACUCCGCCUCCGCCACCUGAAACUCCACCUCCAAGCCCGCCACCUGAAACUCCACCUCCAAGCCCACCACCUGAAACUCCACCACCAAGCCCACCACCAGUUCCUGCAGUCCCUCCAACUCCAAUUACUCCCCCUCCAAGCCCACCACCAAGUCCUCCUCUGACACCUCCACCGUCUUCUCCACCUGCAACCCCACCUCCCCAGCCUCCACCUCCAAGCCCAUCACCUCCAACUCCUAGUCCGUCACCUCCACCUCCAACUCCUAGUCCGUCACCUCCACCUCCAAGCCCGUCGCCUUCACCGCCAGCCCCAGUUCCUCAGACUCCACCUCCAAAUCCAUCGACACCACCGCCUACAACCCCAGCUCCUCAGCCGCCUCCUCCAAGCCCUUCUCCUCCCCCUCCUAGCCUAUCUCCUUCUCCUCCUCCCCCUACAAGCACUGCACCUUCCCCAAUUACACCACCAGCUCCAAUUCUUAGCCCACCUCCAUCAGCAACACCUGAAACUCCACCCCUAUCUCCACCAAUUAUAUCUCAAAGCCCUCCAUCUCCUAGUUUGAAUCCAUCAAAGUCUACACCAUCUUCACCAGCUAUUCCUCCUCCACCUAGCUCAUCAACUCAUACACAAACCGGUCUUAUUGUAGGUGUUGUAAUAGGGGGUGUGAUAGUACUAGCUGUGUUUGGCCUGCUGUGGAUGCUCUUUGCUAGGAGGAAGAAAAGGCAGGAUUCACAUGGUGGAGAGGGAUAUUACUUACCUCCAGGUGGAUUUUAUCAAGGGCCAGCACAACCUGGGCAACAUAGUAAUCCCCAGUCAACUGAACAUUAUUCGAUGUCCAAGCCAUCUUCUAUAACACUGGCUGCUGUACCAUCAAGAUCGAAUUCUUCAACAGCUCAACCAAUUUCUACAAAUGGCAGUGGAUCUUUCUGGUCUCCCAGUUCUGGGCCUGAGAACUCAAUUCCACCAUCUUCACAGGGCAUGGUAGUAGGAACUUCAUCGAGUUCCUUUUCUUAUGAAGAGCUUUCUGUUGCUACCGAUGGCUUUGCGAGCAAAAAUCUCCUUGGACAAGGUGGUUUUGGAUAUGUCCAUAAAGGAAUCCUUCCAACUGGGAAAAUAGUAGCUGUCAAAUCACUCAAAGCUGAUAGUGGGCAGGGAGAGCGUGAAUUUCAGGCAGAAGUGGAGACUAUUAGCCGAGUGCACCACAAGCAUCUUGUGUCAUUGGUUGGAUACUGUGUCACUGGUCCCCAGAAAUUGCUGGUUUAUGAAUUUCUUCCAAAUAAAACCAUGGAGUUCCAUUUGCAUGGAAAGGGACAACCUGUUAUGGAUUGGCCUACAAGGCUGAAGAUUGCUAUUGGUUCUGCAAAAGGAUUGGCAUAUCUGCAUGAGGACUGUCAUCCUAAAAUAAUUCAUAGGGAUAUUAAAGCAGCUAAUAUUCUUCUGGAUUUCAAGUUUGAGGCAUUGGUUGCUGAUUUUGGACUGGCAAAGUUUACUUCUGAUGCUAAUACUCAUGUAUCCACCCGAGUUAUGGGAACUUUUGGGUACCUGGCUCCAGAGUAUGCUAACUCAGGAAAGCUCACUGAGAAGAGUGAUGUUUUCUCUUUUGGAGUUUUGCUUUUGGAAUUAAUUACAGGUCGUCGCCCAGUUGACUACUCAUCAAAUUCUGAGAUGGAGGACAGUUUGGUGGACUGGUCUAGACCACUACUUUCAAAAGCUGUGCAAGAUGGAAUCUUUGAUUCUUUAGUUGAUUCACGGCUAGGAAACAAUUAUGACUAUGUAGAAAUGGGCUCCAUGAUUACUUGUGCUGCUUCUUGUGUGCGUCAUUCAGCGAAACGCAGACCACGAAUGAGCCAGGUGGUUCGCGCGCUAGAAGGAAAUCUUUCACUAUCUGAUCUCAAUGACGGUGUUAAGCCAGGAUUUAGCUCAUCUCUUGAUUCUGCUGACAUGGAUAGUGGUGUAGAAGAUGAAAAGAAAUUCAGGAAGUUGGUAUAUCUAAGUGAAGAGUAUGGUACCAACGAGUUUAAUAGGACACGAAGUGAGUUCAGUGAUGGUGGAUUGUCUAGCAGUAGUGAGAUGCAGCGCCAUUCACAUAGACAUGCCUGAAUGAAGGUUGCUGACCACUUUAUCCUGAGAUUUUUUUUAACAUGAUUUUGAUUCAAUAUGAGUAUAUAAUUUUUUUUCCAACUUGCCCCAUCGGCCAUUGAUGUAUCUAUUUAUUUGUUUAUUUAUUCAACCUUUAAUUUGUACUUACUAUUGCCCACCAUGAAAAUUCAUGGACAAAGCCGGGCAGCUUCUGUUUAGUGAUGAAUAUACAUGAAUUUGGAGUCCUGAGAUUUUACUAAAUGAAAUUACCCUAAUUUCAUAGUUUGAGUUGAUA